AUGGAGAGCGCCAACAGGUCAGCUGCAGGGCAGCCGGCUCCUGCGCCGACUGCAGCAGCGAUGGCGACGGGAUCACUGUUACAGGAGGUGUACUUCGAGAAGCAGGUCUUGAAGCUUGGCAUGGACGGCAGCAAGCUUCCCAGGCGUGUGGUGGUGACGGACACACACAUCUACGUGUGUGUCCCUACGGGGGGCAUCACUCGCACCAUCGCGGUGCGUCGCAUAGAGUGGGUGACCCUGUGCCCACGCGAGGACGUCGCCGACGACGACGACGCAGACAGUCAUGCAGGUUGCACUGAGACAUCGGAUAGCGCAGCCGCCCCCGGCGGUGCUGGCAGCGAUGACCCCACCAAGCCGUUGUCAACGCUGAAGAGGGAGAAGGCGACGUCGCUCUUCACCUCUGCUUUCUCGCAGAGUGGUGGCAUCGCAAGCAAAAAGGAGCUCGAGACACCCCACACAAGCCGUGCCGACGUAUCACCAGCAUCAUCGUCACAUCACCACUCAAGCUCCACAGCUUCCAAGGUGGGACGCAAAGUGCUGACGUCUGCUGCAGCCGAGCGGUCGGUCACGGUCGUCGCCAUCGGCAUCGCCCAGGAGCCCGCACUUGCCUUGCAGUUUUACAGCGCCGUUGACGGGGAGGACUUUGUCGCGGCGCUGCGCGAGGCGUCGCAUAUGCCGACCACCGCUGUCUUUAACGUGCCCAAUGAGGAGGGGCCGGCAGAUGUAGCCGGGCGGUUGUUGCCAUUGCUGCCCGGGCGUUGUGAGGGCCCCGUCGCGCCUCGAGCCCUGAAGCGAGAAGCAGACGGCCUCAACGUGGACAAUCACAAGCCCCACACGGGAGACAGACGCGGUGUGGAGAAGGUUCAGCUCUCGCCACCACGAAGUCCUCGCAGCCCAACCGCGCCGCCGCAGCCCGCAGCACACCCCGCUUUGCUGCCUCAAGAAAGGAGGGGCAGCGGCGGCAGUGAUAGCAGCCACGGAAAGCGCUCCAGGUCAAGAGAAAGCGUGCGCACGGUGGAACCGGAACAAGCUGCUCAGCCGUGUCUCGGACUCUCUGACUGCCUGCUUCAGCACCGCAGUGGUGAUCUACCGCCGCCUGCCACCUCCACUGCGGCGUGUGCACCAGACACAAAGGCACCCUGGCACUCUCCUCUACAAGAACCGAAUAAAUCCCAGAGGCUGACGAACGGUUUACCCUUAGAACGCUGGACGCCGUCUCCGCUGCGUGCUGCACCGCAUCGCGAGGUCCCCACCCCGCCACUACUGAAACUCAUUCACAGCUCACCAAUCGAAGACCGAAGCGGUAGCAUAUUCUGCAGCCGCGGCAUCAACGCUAUUCAAAGCCUCCAUGACGCUGCGAACGAGACGGGGCGAGCACUGUCGCAGGAGCGGCUUCCCGACCUAACCGACGCUUCGACGACGUCAUCGGCUAUGCUCAAGCCAGCGCCUUUCUGCCCCAAAGUAGCGGCACCAGUGACAAGCCAAAAGGCGUCGAAUGGAUUGUGGCGUUGUCGACGCGACAGUACACGAGUCGCACCAGCGUCGCUGACACCGGCCGAGGUGACUUCAUGUCGAAGUCUCUUUUCUGGCGAGGUCAACACCACACAGGGCGUCGAUCCGAUUCCCAGCACCUUGCUAACGGCAGCGCCGCAAACUUCGUCCAUGGUCACACGCGGCGGUGCUCGCGACGCUCCUCUCGACAUGAAUGCCCUUCAAGCAGAGCUGGCGACUCAAUCGGCCACCGUGGCGCAGCUGCAGCGAACUCUGCAAGCGCACGAAUCGCUGUUGAUCGAGCUCGCAAAUGCAAAAGCGGAUUUGCGUGGACUCUGGGCCACCCUCAGCGAGCGCGAUGCGCAGUGUGACAGGUGGCAAGCCGCCUGCAGUCAAGCUGAGGAACGUGUUCGAGUGUUGCACCGCCAGCACGAGUGCGUACUGGCUGAGCAGAAAGAACGACUGCAGGCGGCUCAUCGUGCGGAAUUGGAAACGGUGCAGGAGGCCUUUGAAAAGUACGACGCAAAGAUGUCCGCCUUCGUUGAACAGCUGCAACACAGCCAUCGUAAAGAGAUGGCGCAGUGGCAGCACGAGCGGCGCACGCUUCUCUUUCAGCUGAAUGAGCAGCAGCAGAGGGAUAUCGAAGUGUACCAUCGCCUGCGAGCGGCCGAAGUUGCGGCACAAGCACAAUAUGAGGCCCAGAGCCGAUGCUCCUCAGCACCGCACGUGCACCAACACGCGAACACGCAUGCACAUCAGGAUGCUUGUCGGUCUGUGAAAGAUAAGCUCGAGCGUUACAAUGCGCAGCGGCAGUCGUCAGCUGUCGUUGCUGGUGCCAUCCACUCUCCACGGGACCCCGGCACGUUAAGCCGACGUGGCCCGCAGGAGUUGUCCAUGCAACAUAAUCCGGUCUCUGCGGGUUGGCCACUCCCGAGAGCGACUUCGCCUUCAAAUACGAUGCCGCAGCUCAGCGCGCACCGACUCUUGGACAGCGACCCGGACAUGGAGGACGAAGUGAACCAGGGCCACCCAACUGCAAACUACAGCACCGCGGCUCUGACUCAGCGUUCUCGCUCUUACAUUCAAGCACACCUCCAGACGCCGUCACCGUUCCCGCUAGGCGACGGCAUUCCUAGUGCCGCUGACACUGGGAAGGGUGGGCACACGCUGAGCCGUCGCUCCUACGUGUAG